AUGGAAAAAAUUAGGGGCAUAUUCUUUGUUUUAGUAGUAUAUUUGUGCAUCCAAGUGAAAAGUGAAAAAAGUUUUCAAUUCGGGACUGAAUUGAUGGAGACAAUAUGCGAAUUGAAAACGAAUGUUUCAAAAUUAUGUGCUGUACAGUUGAAGGAAAGUUGUAAAAAUGAAACUGUAUUAAUGAAUUUAUUUGAUGCUAGCUCCAAAUUUCCAUACCCUGGACUUGCAGUAUCUACUAGACUGGACUGGGGCAACUUCGAUCAAUGUAUGGCCAUUGAUCAUAACUUCGAAGGAGGCAGAAUUUUGGGAAAAUACUGUCUUAGCGGUCUGAUUAUACCAGAUUUUACUAAUGCAACAAGCGACGAUCCUUACAAAUUAUCAAUUUGUAUCCCAGAUGCAUGUUCCGCGAAUGAUUACAAGGCAAUAUUCAGAAAACUUCCUGUAUUCUUCCAGACUGGGACAUGUGUAACAAAGGAGACUGGCACCGAAUAUACAUCUGGUGAUAUAGUAACAUUAACAAUAUUUGGUGCAGUUGGGAUACUGAUGAUUAUCUCCACGACCUACGAUGUUUAUUUGAAGAAGAAAAUGUUGAAAUGUCGUCACCCAAUGCUCCUGGCCUUUUCCGUUUACACGAACGGUAGAAAGUUACUGCAAACUUCGAAAGGAAACAAUUCAGAACAGAUAUUAUGUUUUCAAGGAAUGAAAAUCAUUAGCAUGAUGUGGAUAGUACUUGGUCACGGUAUGGGUGGUUGGAUGCAACUACCUAUCACAAAUAAGGCUGAUGUGAAUCUCGCAGUACAGGCAUUACGUAGUUUCUGGAUGACCGCAGCUCCAAUAGCAGUCGAGACUUUUUUUUAUAUAUCAGGAUUUCUGACAGUCUACUUGUAUUUAAAAAAACAGAAAAAAGCACCAUUAGCAGUACAGAUAAAGAAUAUACCAUUUCUGUAUAUUCACAGGUACUUCAGGCUCACUCCGGCUGUUAUUAUGGUGUAUAUAUUGAGUAUUACAUCCUUCUCCCAUUUGGGUUCAGGUCCAAUAUGGCAAUUGGGCGUUGACUAUAUAUCGAAACCUUGUAGAAAAUUUUGGUGGUCAUUCUUCUUAUACAUUCAGAAUUACGUAAACUACGGAGACAAUGACAUUUGUUUGGUUCAAACUUGGUAUUUAUCAGCCGAUAUGCAGAUGUUUGUAUUUACACCCUUGCUGCUAAUUCCUUUGGCUGUGCUUUUGAGAGAUACCACCAAACUGAAAUUGGCCAUGAUCAGUUUAGCUUUGUUGAAUGUGAUAGUAACAGCUAUUCCAAUCGCUAUAAAAUACCUUUUGAAGAAUUAUAAUAACCCUUAUGAUACACACACUAGAUUGGCGAGUUAUACUAUGGGUAUAACCAUGGGAACUUUUAUGAGAGAAAGGAAAGAUAAGCCGUUUCUUUACAACAAAUGUGUCAAGCAUGCUUCGAUUGUGAAUUUCAUUAUAUGGGUGAUAGUUUUGCUUGGAAUGACAGCAAUUACUGUAUGUUAUCAGUUCGUUGAAACGCACUAUUCAAGGGAACAUCAAGCUGUAUUUGUUGCCAUUGCAAGGUUGGCUUGGGCCAUCGGAUUAAGUUGGAUGGUAUAUUCUUCAUAUCACGGAUACGGAGGAAUCGUCAACUGGAUUUUAUCUAGACCAAUAUGCCAAAUUGGUGCUAAACUGAGUUACUGUAUUUAUGUUAUCCACGGAUUAGUAGUUGCUUCGUAUACGUUCUCACGUAGAGAAAAAUUGCACUUUAGUUACUACGAAGCAGUUUUUGCCAAUUGGGGCUACAUUAUGAUGUCAGUGAUUAUAGCAUUCUGUUGGACAAUGGCAUUUGAAUCGCCGUUGAUGGUAUUGGAGAAAUAUGUAUUUGGCGGUACAAAUAAAAAAGGAAAUGCUGCUGAAUCCUGA